AUGGAUCCCAAUGUCAGCGCCGGCGAUAUUGGCGCAGGCCAAUCAGUGCAUCCGCUAGUGACCGGCGCGUUCUUCCUUCUUCUGGAUGAUAUUCCAUUUAAUUUAUACCUUGCGCUCGAGUACCAUCAAGUCUUGAUGUCGCUACCCCUCAAGCUAGUCCAGAUGGAGACGCUUCCAUUGGACGCUAUAUGGCAAACCGCUUGGCUGAUAGCCCCUCAGCUGAAUCGGGCAGCGGACAACUGCAUUUUCCUCGGUGUCUUUGACUUUUCUGGUCUCAAGGCAACUGCCUAG